AUGGCCCAAUCUCAGUUCGACUACUCAAAGAUUGUGGAGGAACGACAUUCUAUAGCAAGCACGUAUAAGACCAGAAAUUCGAUUCAUCUCUACCACUUGAUCACCCAGUCUCAGCUGGAAAGUACCAAAAUUGCUUUCAAGGAACUCGGACAUAAAACUGCACUACUUCAGGAUUCAUUAUUGGCUCAAAUUGGUAGUCAUAUCGAUGUUAUCAUCAAGGCCAAAGAACAUGCAGCCAACAGUCAUAGGAGUAUCAAGGCUUUGGCUGAGACACAGUAA